AUGCUUUUGUCGAGGUGGUCUCGGGUGUCCUUGCUUGCUCAAAUAUCGGCUGCCUUGGUGAUCUCUCUCGCCGGUCAUGCUCAAGCUAAGUUUUUAAAAAGUGAGUUCACACUCUUCCGAGCAAAGAUUGCCUGCAAUGCCCUGACUCCUCCAGCGGACCUGAGAUGGCCGGUCUUUCGGAAAGCCCAGGGCGACCUCCAAGCAAGCCUCACCGAUCUGAUGAUACUGAGAGAACCUGAUAACGACCCGGUAUUUGAGAAGGCCAUGCAUGUGGUUGACAAUCUCGCGACUCAAUCCACCUGCCAUCAAGCCGCAGCGGCUCAGUUGCUGGUCACUUGUAAGACCGCUGGCGCAACCAUGACGCGAGAUCAAGGGAAACAUGAACUCCUGGAAAGAGCACAGUCAGUCUACGCCGUCCGAGUGGCUGUCUGCGAGACGGGCGAAGGCAGAGCAGCAGUUCCCUCUGCAUGCAAACCAAUUCUCGAAAUCCCUCAGCGGCUUGAUCACGAGAUUGACGUGGUCAAUAGCAAAAUUCUGGCCUCGUGUCUCGGAGCGUUGAUCACGGAACAUUACUACUGGACGAGCUACAGCAACAGCAGACAAGAUGCUCAAACUUUAUGUCAAGCUACCACAAUCGAGUCCACCAGACUGGAAGCCCUUCAGUCCUACCAAAAGCUCGCACAACUCCUUCCAGAGCUUCGUGCCGCAAUGGGAUCAACUCAGUCGCAGUGGCUGGCAUUUCUCAGACAGCAGCAGGAACAGAUCCGGCAUGUGAGCAAUCUUCAGCAGAAAAAUCAAGACGAACGUCAAGCGCAGCAUAAACUCGAGCUUAGCAUUUUCCGCGACGCUAUGAAUACGGCCAAAGGAGGCCUACAUGACGUGUUUCAGAAUCUGCACCGACGCAUAGCUGGUACCGACCAGAGCGUGGCCCAGACUCGCGAGGCCCUCAGAAACGUGUUUGCCGAUUUUGCCAAACUCCGCGAUUUACUGCACGAAGCGAUUGCAACCACGGGUGAGAAACACGCCGAAGCAGCUGCUGUCCAAAUGCAGGAGAUGAACAAUGUCCACGAGCUAGCCCUUGCCACCACAAAAGCUCUCAAAAGCAUGCAGGCGGGCGGAGUUGUCCAGGGUGUUAAUGAAAUUCUCUAUGGAAUACAGGACCGGCUCGAGGGGAUUGCCAGUGCACAAUCCGCACAGUUAGCGAGCACUGAACACCAUCUGCAACUCAGCGGCAAACUAUCGGCGGCUCAAGAGGCCAACCUGGCCCUGGGCGAACAGAUCAAACAUUUCACUGCGUCUCUUGCUUCCGAACUCGAUACUGCAAGCGCUACAGCGAGACGAGUGUCCACUAAAUUGGACCGAGUCAAUCAGGCAUUGACGCGCUUUGAGGCAGUUUCUGCUGUACUCAACUCGCUUUUUGCGGUCAUCACUAUACCGUGCCAAGUUGCGGAACAUCUUCAUUUAAGACUACUGGGACUUUUUUCCAUGCCGGCCUUACUGCUGUCAUUCUGGAAGCAACGAAUGUAUUCAUACAUAACGAUGGCUUUCUACGUAUUCCUAGAAAGCCUGAUAUCGUUGAUAGAGGAGCACCACGACAACGUUAUCUCCUUCAAGCAGCUGUUGGUUGCUGCGAUGGGGUCGGCCGUUGUCCUCUGCUGUUUCCUGCUGGCACAAAACCGUCCCAAGCCUCAGCGAAGAGCGACGUUGCUUCGAAAAUCCAUCGAAGAAAAGCACUGCCUGACAAUCGCAGAACGCUUCUCCAUCGAAAACAGACUGCGCCAUGGCAAACGCACACGACCUUCUGGAGACCGAUACCGACGAGCGGCGACUGUGUGCUAG